CUCUAGUCCAACUAAAAACUAAAAACAUCCGAAAAGGCAUGUUGCCCAGACAAAUCAUCGACAUCAAAUAUUCGUCUUUUCUGGAGGCCACAUGGCGAAGACUAAACUUGGCGCUAACACUGGAAUUUUAUUUAUUUAUUUUUAUUUUUAUUUUAUUUGUUCAUUUCGUUAAAACAAACUGAUCUCUAACUGAUCGAUCAACAACAUGGGGCUAAACUUCAAACAGGAUCAACAACAAUAAAUAAUCAUGAGACUGAAGUAUCUUCGCACGAAGCCUCGUAAAGUGGUUGAGGCCAGCCCCUGUAUCGCCGAGAUGGGUGCUAUGAUCCAGUGCUGGACUGCCUCAGGAGUGGAUGAUGCCAAAUGUAUGCAGGCCUCCAAGAUGCUUGCAGAUUGUAUGAAGAACUUGCCUGCUAGAGUGAAAAAGGUCAACACUGUCAAUUAUCAUUUGGCCCGUCUCCAGAAGCAACUCUAAAUUGACUACAUUACCUUACCUUUGGAUCUCUUUGUCGAAUGGAUCAGGAAUAUUAACCUAAUCGACUUGUGGGGGUUGCAGAGCUCUCUUUCUUUGAGUCCCCUCCCUUGUCUCCGUUAUGUACCAUAGAAC